GCGCGGGACGCUCUAGGACCCAGCAGCGGUUGUCGGGUUUGGAGCUGGAGGUGAAGCCCUGGCAUUUUUCUCCUUCCUGUGUAAAUGGGGCUGAUCGUCGGGCUCCGCUUCCCAGCGCUGCCCCACGCCAUGCCCAGCGUGCUGCCCGGCGGCCGCCUUCGCCAGUCGCGGGACUGAACUAGCCAUGGUCGCCUCAUGUGGAGGGCAAAGUUGCGCCGGGGAACUUGUGAGCCUGCGGUGAAAGGUCUCCCUCCUGUUUGUUACAGCCCCAGUAGUCCUGGCCAGAUUCCAGAAGACCCCAACUACUUUGCCCCAGACUUUCAGCUCUAUUCUGGGAGGUAUGAGGCAUCUGCUUUGACAGUGGAGGCAAACAGUAGCAUCAGGGAAAAAGUUGCUGAGGAUCCUCUUCGUAACUUCCACUCCCCAAACUUCCUGAGGAUCUCAGAGGUGGAAAUGAGAGGUUCCGAGGAUGCGGCAGCUGGAACAGUAUUGCAGCGGCUGAUCCAGGAACAACUGCGCUAUGGCACCCCGACUGAGAACAUGAACCUGCUGGCCAUUCAGCACCAGGCCACAGGGAGCGCAGGACCAGCCCACCCUACAAACAACUUUUCUUCCACAGAAAACCUCACUCAAGAAGACCCACAAAUGGUCUACCAGUCGGCACGCCAGGAACCGCAGGGUCAGGAACACCAGGUGGACAAUACGGUGAUGGAGAAACAGGUCCGGUCCACACAGCCUCAGCAGAACAAUGAGGAACUGCCCACUUACGAGGAGGCUAAAGCCCAGUCACAGUUCUUCAGGGGGCAGCAGCAGCAGCAGCAGCAGGGAGCAGUGGGCCAUGGUUACUACAUGGCUGGGGGUACCAGUCAGAAGUCCCGGACUGAGGGGAGGCCCACGGUGAACCGUGCCAACAGUGGACAGGUGCACAAGGACGAGGCGCUGAAAGAACUGAAGCAGGGCCAUGUCCGUUCGCUCAGUGAGAGGAUCAUGCAGCUGUCACUGGAGAGGAAUGGUGCUAAGCAACACCUCCCUGGCUCAGGGAAUGGGAAGGGCUUCAAAGCGGGAGGUGGACCCUCCCCAGCCCAGCCUGCAGGUAAAGUGCUGGACCCUCGAGGUCCUCCACCUGAGUACCCCUUCAAGACCAAGCAAAUGAUGUCCCCAGUCAGCAAGACCCAGGAGCAUGGACUUUUCUACAGUGACCAGCACCCUGGGAUGCUUCAUGAGAUGGUCAAGCCCUACCCUGCUCCUCAGCCUGCGAGAACAGAAGUGGCUGUCCUGCGGUACCAGCCACCCCCAGAGUAUGGGGUAACGAGCCGCCCAUGCCAACUUCCGUUCCCGGCGACGGUGCAGCAGCACAGCCCGGUGUCCUCCCAGACCUCCUCCGUCAGCGGGCCGCUGCACUCCGUCUCCUUGCCGCUCCCACUGCCGAUGACCCUGGCCGCCCCGCAGCCCCCGCCGGCCGCCUCCCCCAGCCAGCAGCUUGGGCCAGAUGCUUUUGCGAUUGUGGAGCGAGCCCAGCAAAUGGUGGAGAUACUAACAGAGGAGAACCGGGUGCUUCACCAGGAACUUCAGGGUUACUACGACAAUGCCGACAAGCUCCACAAGUUUGAAAAAGAACUUCAGAGAAUUUCAGAAGCCUAUGAGAGUCUGGUCAAGUCCACCACCAAACGUGAGUCUCUCGACAAGGCAAUGAGAAACAAACUGGAAGGCGAGAUUAGAAGACUUCAUGAUUUCAACAGAGACCUCCGAGAUCGACUGGAGACUGCCAACAGGCAGCUGUCCAGCAGGGCCUACGAUGGGCACGAAGACAAAGCUGCCGAGGGGCAUCAUGCUCCCCAGAACAAAGAAUUUUUGAAGGAAAAGGAGAAGUUAGAAAUGGAGCUAGCAGCAGUGCGGACUGCGAGUGAGGACCAUCGGAGACACAUCGAGAUCCUGGACCAGGCUCUGAGCAACGCCCAGGCCAGGGUCAUCAAGCUGGAAGAGGAGUUACGAGAGAAGCAAGCAUAUGUGGAGAAAGUUGAGAAGCUGCAGCAGGCCCUGACCCAGCUACAGUCUGCAUGUGAGAAGCGGGAGCAGAUGGAGCGGAGGCUGCGGACCUGGCUGGAGAGGGAGCUGGACGCGCUGAGAACGCAGCAGAAACAUGGAAAUGGCCAGCCAGCCAGCGUGCCGGAAUACAACGCUCCGGCCCUCAUGGAGCUGGUGAGGGAGAAGGAGGAGCGGAUCCUGGCCCUGGAGGCCGACAUGACCAAGUGGGAGCAGAAGUACCUGGAGGAAAGCACCAUUCGACACUUCGCCAUGAAUGCUGCGGCCACAGCUGCAGCCGAGAGAUACUACCUGGAUUCUAUCAAGUUUAGGAAGAGAAUUGGCCAGGAUCUAGGAGGGGAAAUGGACACCACGAUCAUCAACCACUCUCGGAAUGGCAGCUACGGAGAGAGCUCGCUGGAGGCCCACAUCUGGCAGGAAGAGGAGGAGGUGGCACAAGCCAACAGGAGGUGUCAGGACAUGGAGUACACUAUUAAAAAUCUCCAUGCCAAAAUCAUAGAGAAGGAUGCCAUGAUCAAGGUCCUUCAGCAGCGAUCCCGUAAAGAUGCCGGGAAGACAGACACCUCAAGCCUGCGGCCUGCCCGCUCUGUCCCAUCCAUUGCGGCGGCCACUGGGACACACUCACGCCAGACCUCUCUUACCAGCAGCCAGUUGGCCGAAGAGAAAAAGGACGAGAAGACCUGGAAGGGGAGCAUAGGGCUGCUGCUGGGGAAGGAACACCAUGAGCACGCCUCUGCACCCCUGCUGCCACCUCCACCUGCCUCAGCACUGUCCCCUGCAUCCUCCGCCAUGGCGGCCAGCAGUGCCCACGCCAAGACAGGCAGCAAGGACAGCAGCACACAGACGGACAAAAGCGCGGAACUCUUCUGGCCCAGUGUGGCCUCCCUCCCCACCCGAGGCCGGCUGAGCACGGCCCCUUCCAACAGCCCUGUCCUGAAACACCCAGCGGCCAAAGGGACUGCGGAGAAACUGGAGAACUCUCCUGGCCACGGGAAGUCACCUGAUCACAGAGGCCGCGUCAGCAGCUUGCUGCACAAGCCUGAGUUCCCGGAUGGAGAGAUGAUGGAAGUUCUCAUCUAACGCCGCCAUCCCUGUGGAACUUCACAACAGAACAUCGACAAACAAGGAAAGUGGCAGAGAGGGAGAAGAAAGAUCGAGAAGGUUGUGGAUGAGAAAUCAGGAAUGAUUUGAAAUGAUAAAGAUUUCAGAUUAGUAAGAACACUUUUUAUAAAUGUUAAAAACAAAAACAGGAGACCUACAUGACUGAAGACGGAAGAGAAUGCUAUGGAUUUUUAUUACAUAUGGCGGGAGAGAGAAGACACAUGUAGGUUUGGAAACAAAGUUAAGAAGAAAUAGGAAAUGUAAUUUUUCAUUGUACAGAAAUGUAUCUCUUGGGGAGGUUCUGUGUACCCCCAUUCUCUGGUUAUAAACAGAUAAAUCCAAACACGGAUCUUCCUUGAAAUACUCCCA